GGGGAGCACAGGGUUCUUCUGAUGUGUUUGUUUUCAGAUGUUUUCCACGCAUUUGGGCAUGAAAGAACUUUCGGGGGUGAUGGAAACAGUCUGUAUCUUCGCUGGGGGUGGUGAUUAAAAGGCUGUACACAUCUGUCAGAACACUUAGGAAGGGUGAAACGUACAGAACGUGAAUUGCACCUACUUAGGUGACAAAAAGAAACAAGCUGAAAAGCAGCCUUUGGGACCUUUCUGUGCGCAUCCACCCCUUCCUAACGGCUUCCCCAUCGUUACUGUCCUGGUGCAAAUAUUCUUGAGGGCUGGUCCGCGCUCCCUCUCAGGACUGACCUUUGAGGUGCUUCAUUGUCCGGCACAUGUGCCCAGAGGAAGUCUGUGGUUUUUCUCCCUUAAAACAACACUGUGAACCAUCGGCUGUAUAUUCCUGAGUGAUUUAUUGCAGGGCCGAGGAGUCAGGACAUCUAAGCCCUUGAUAUUGUCAAACCGUUUUUCAGAAACUUUAGGUCAUUCUGUUCAGACCCCCGGCAUGUGUGGGAAUGCCCGGGAGACAUCACUUUUAGUGUCAAAGCUUUUAAGUUUUUAGGAGUCUCGGUUAGUGGAUUGGCUUAGUGUUCAGAUGCCAAGUGUUACUUCUCUCUAGUUAAAAUGGGCCUGAGUCAGGCAGAGAUUUCUUAGCUACAACACCGCACGCAUGGUCCUCUAAAAGGAAAAAAAUCGAUAUAUUGGAUCUCAUCAAAAUUCAAAACUUGCACUUCAGGGUGCAGUAGUAAAGACACCAAUAAGAAAUGACAGGACAGGCAGGGGACUGGGAGACAAUACUUACAAAACACAUGCCCAAUCCAGGACUUGUACUCAGAACUGACAGAGAACUCCCACGACAGCUCAAUAAUUAGAUGACAAACAGCCCCAUCAAAAAGUGGGUGGUGAGGGGCGGGUGGAGCUCAGUGGCAGAGCACGUGCUUAGCAUGCAUGAGGUCCUGGGUUCAAUCCCCAGGACUGCCAUUAGUAAGUAAACCUAAUUACCUCCCCUGCAAAACAGCAGAACAAGUGGGUGAAAGAUGGGGACGGACAUUUCCCCAGAGAAGAUCUAUGGACGGCCAGUAAGCGCAUGGGAAGACCCCAGGAUCGGUCGUCAUUAGGGAAACACAAACGCCAACCAGUGAGAGGUUCUUUCACCCUCGCCAGAAUGGCAGGAACAAGUAGGACGGAGAGCAAGUGUUCUGAGGAUGUGGAGGGACAGGAACCCGCAGGCGUUGCUGGCGGGGAAGUGAAGUGCUGCAGCCACUUUGGAAGACGGUUUGGCAGUAAAAGGUUAGCAGAGAACUGCCGCAUGACCCAGCUCUCCUACUCCUGGGUGCCCCCCCAAGAGAAAUGAAGACAUCUGCCUACAGAGAGACUUGCACGGCAAUGUUCACUGCAGCAUUUUUCGUAAAUGCCCUAAAGUCCAACCUCAGUGUCCAUCAAUUGAUGAAUGGGUAGACCACAUGUGGUAUAUCCCACAGUGGAAUAUUAUUCAGCCAUAAAAAGGAAUGCUACAACAUCUUGGUGCAGCCAUUUUGGAAAACAGUACGGAGAUUCCUUAAAAAACUAAAAACAGACCUACCCUAUGAUCCAGCAAUCCCACUCCUGGGCAUAUAUCCAGCAGAGACUCUAAUUUGAAAAGCUGUGUGCACCCCAGUGUUCAUAGCACUAUUUACAACAGCCAAGCCGUGGAAGCAACUUCAGUGUCCACCAACAGAUGAUUGGAUAAAGAUACGGUGCACCCCUCACGCCUGAGUACCAGCUGGCACACAUGUGCCCUCAUUCCAUCCCCCGGUGCCCAGGGUCUUGACUUGGUCACUACCUCCCUCAAGGCAGUGGUUCCAAAUCUUGGCUGUCCAGUUUCUGUCUUGGUGGAGGUAACUUUAAAAAAAUAAGGGUUCUGUCCUGGUUACUUAUUAGAGCGCAACAAAUGAUCCUGCAACUUAGAUGCUUAGGACAGUAACUUACUCUGCUGAUAAGCCUGCAGUUCAGAGAGGGCUUGAUGGAGACGGCUGGUUUCCGCUGCACGCGGUGCCAGCCAGGGGGCUCGAGGACUGGGGGCUGGAGUCAUCUGAAGGCUGGUAUUUUCACACGUCCGGAGGGAGGCAGGCUGGCGGCCUUUCCGCGUGCUUGCUCGGGCUUCCUCACGCCGUGGUGGCUGGGUUCCUAGAGGGAGUGGCCCAGUGCGCAAGGCAGGAGUCCGUGGAGUUCGCAUGGCCUGGCCUCAGAUGUCACGUGGUGUCACUUCCACCAUCAUCUGCUGGCUGAGGUGGUCCCAGAGUUCCAUCUGGGUUCAACGGGAAGGGAACGAGUCCCGCCCCUGAUGGGAAGAGUGUUGACAUCACACGGUAAGAAGAGCGUGUGGGAGGGAGUCUAUUGUGGGGGUUGUUUGGGAAACAGUCUAUCCCCAGUUCCUGAGCAGGGCCCCAGGUGAGUCUGAUGCACAUCCAGGGCCAGACAGGGGCUUUUUGUCCAAGACCUGUGGCCUCUCGACCCUGAGCUCAGGGACGUCCCCACAAUCAAUGCUGGGGAGACUGGCCUCGGUAAUAGGGUGACCAGGGACCCUUGGGAGCCAGACCAGCCUUGGGGGCAGAAGGCACUGGAGGCACAGGAGGCCUGCUGUCCGUUCAGGGAGGGUGUUGUCACUGACCUGCUAGUUUUUUUUAAUUCAAUUUUUAAAGUGGCAGUUUCUUUUUAUUCAUUUAUUUUGGGGGGAGGGAGGUAAUUAGUCUUAUUUAUUUAUUAAUGCAGGUGCUGAAGAUUGAACCCAGGACCUCGUGCAUGCUAAGCACAUGCUCUACCAGGGACCUAAACCCUCCCCCCUCGACCUGCUCUUAAUGGAGCCUUUUCUCCUUCUGACCCUGUGUGUGUCUGUUUAGCAUUUCCUCGUUUAUGGCCCAUGUCUCCAGGCUGCUGGACAGGUGGUCACGGCAUCCGGGGGUGAGAAGGGAAGGGUCAGGUGGAGGGUAGAUGCUCACCGUCAGAGCAGGAGUUCCUUCAGGACUGAAUGGAUGAGUGGAUGACGGAAGACCGCUGGCCCUGCCUGUGGAUACACCUGUCUUCCAGCGCUGUCUGCACACCUGGCCUGGGACCAGCUGAGGCCGGAAGUCUGGCCCGGAGCCCCGCCCCCAGGAGGGGCCCCGCCCCCGGGCCGUGGCCUUGCCCGUCUCCCAGCAACCGCCAAACACAGUUGUGCUGCGGGUGCUCGGGGCCUCUCGGAGCUGCCAGACGGACCAAGUCUUCGGAGCCUCCUCGCCCCGAGGCGGCUGAGCCCCUCUCGCAGGAGCCUCUCGCCUGGGGCGCCGGCAGCAUGUCUCUGAACGCCUGGGAAUGGGAGGAUGAGGACAGGGCCAGCGUGGGGCCCGUGUCCUCCGUGGGCAGCUUUCAUCCGUCCGGGAGUGAGUGUGAAGUGGACGAGGACCUGCAGGUCGGAGCCUGGGCCCAGGAAUCAGAAUCUGACCACCAGUGCAGCAGCAGGUCCUCGGCUGGGUCAGUCAGUGCCGUCAACUCCGACGUGCCCCACGUGGUCCCCUGCACGUUCGUCAUCUCGCUGGCCUUCCCAGUGACUGCUGGUCGCAAAGGAAAAUAUUCGAAGCUGGUUGAGAAACACAGGAAACAGCCUAAAAUGGACAGACCUGUGGCCAGGGUUCGCUCUUACUGCCACCUGGAGUACUUCCUGCUGCCGGACGACCGAGAGCCCAAGCGAGUGGACAUCGUGGUGUUUUCAGGCUUGGCCAAGGUGUUCCUGGAUUCGAGGAUAAAGACCGUGAGGCCGUGGCCAGAAGGGGACAAGGUCUGGGUGUCCUGGACCCAGACUUUUAACAUCAAGGUGACAAAGGAAUUGCUAAAGAAAAUAAAUUUUCACAAAAUAACCUUGAGGCUCUGGGACACGAAAGAAAAGAUUCCGAAGAGAGUCAAGUAUUACCGACUGAAGGCGGCCGCGGCCUUGGAAGACGUGGGCUCUUCUGAGGAGGUGAAGCACCUGGUUUUAAGUCAGAGAAGACUGUCCGAACAGGGCAUUCAUGUCAAAGAGGAGUCGCACCAGGAGCACUUGCCGGGGAAACCAGAAAAAGCAGGAAAAGGCUUAAAGUCUGUGCCCGAAUCGGAGACCUUUUCCCAGAGCACUGAGGACUGUGAGAAGCUCCUCAGAACGGAGGAUCUUGCCACAGCACGAUGUAAUAUUUCAAGACCAGCCAUUUUUUUGGGAGGGGCCAGCUCGGUCGAGAUGAAGGAGUUAACUGAAAGAUUGUCGUUUAACAGCUUGUCGAACUUGUUGGAAAAACAAAAAUUUCAAAUGAGACAGAAGGAACUGGACUGGAGAAAGAAGAGCCAGAAGAGGAGGAAGAAAUCUCGAGCAGAGGAGGAAAGUGACUCCAGGAUGGCAGGCCAGGGGAAGCAGGGCGCCUUCUCCGUCCAGCUGGCGAUAAUGCCGCUCCUCGCAGGACGGCAAAUCGUCGUGACUCGUGGCCGUGGGAGGUCUGCCAACAUCUUGGAUUGUUUUUUGACUUUGGAAACGGAAGUUCCUAUCAUGACUGAAGAGCAGAAGCGGGACUUAAACCCCCUGACCAUCAGGAUCAAGUGUGUCUCCUGCCUCCCGACACAGCCCGUGUGCACCUCCGAGCUGGAGCGGCUGUGCAUGCCCGUGUACUGCCAGUACCAGUUCCACAAGACCCCGGUGCACAGGACUGAGGGUCAGCCCCACGGGACCCACGUCUACUUCCAGGACAUCAACGUCAUCUUCCUCGGGGCGAUGCACCCCAGCGACCUGCGGGAGUACCUGGAGGGGUCCCCCAUGCUGGUGGAAGUUCACGACCGGGACCGCAAGUCAGAGGAGCACUCCCGGAAGCCCACGCUGCUUGGGGAGGACCCCCUGGAUUCCUGCCUCAAUCUCCAGGUCCACAUCUCUCCCGAGGAGACGGAGAGCAACCCCUUCGAGUCCCAGGAUAAGAUGUGGGACCCGUACGGGGUCGCCCGGGUCAGCUUCGCCGACCUCCUCCUGGGCCACAAGUGCUUGAACCUGGUCGCCCCCGUCCACGGCUGUGAGCCCCGGGCCCCACACCGUGGCCGCGGCGGCCAGGGCAGGAAGGCGGUGGGGCUCCCAGGGCCCCGAGACGGCCUCCCGCACGGCCCGAUGCCCUCGGGCCACUACCUGGAGGCCAGCUCCCUGCUGAGGCUGCGGGCGGACGUGGCGGUGCCACUGCGGGCGGGGCCCCCGGCUCCCGACCCCACGGCCUGCGAGUUUGGCCGCGUCGUCUUCGUGUUUGACUCCAGGAAGCUGUCCCUCCUGCACGGCCUCCUGCAGGACAUCACCACGAUCAAUGCCAGGGCCCUGGGGCUGGACUCCCACCCCUUCGAGGACGUCGAGCAGAUCCUGUCGGCCUUUAAGAUGCAAGUGAAGAUCCAGGAAAAGCAGGACCUGGACGUGCUGACCGGCUUCCACCUGCUGGACGGGCGGGUCCACCUCCUCAUCCUGGAGGGCUUGGCCGACCACGGCCUGAGGCGGCUGUGGGAGGGCCACCAGAGCCGGGCCCCCACGGCGGAGCCGGGCAGGCCCAAGGCGCUCCACGACUCGCGGCUGCGCUUCCGCCGCCGCCUCUACGCCGACCUGGAGGGGGUCCUGCAGCACGUGCGCCUGUUCCGGCCGCUGGCGCAGCUGGUGAAGCAGGCGGGGCUCUACGUGCGCGGCGCGGUGCCGCCGCUGGUCUUCCAGGCCCUGAGCAGGAUCCACUGCAUCUGCUGUUACAGCACCAGGCUCCGGGAGGUCAUCACCAGGGACCUGCUGCCCUCCUCCGCCAUGAUCAAGGAGCUGAGCCAGGAGUUUGGGUUGCCCGUUUCCCAGGAAGAGCUCACAGAGGGAAAGCUGGUGGCCCCUCCUCCUGCCCCCAACCUAGAGGACUUCCAGCACCGCAGUCCGACCCUCACAGAUGAGAUCCAGGCCCACCAGGAGAAGUACCUGCGAUGGCGGAGCACCAUGCUGCUGAAGCAUGAAGACAGACAGCACAGCCUGGUCCAGAAAAACAUCACGGGAGCCUACCAGGUCAGCAAGAAGCCUCCCAAGCCUGCGGUGAAGGUGAUCAAGAUCUCAGCCCCGGCCAAGGACGCGGUCCACAACUACAGCAUCCAGACCCUGAAUUCCACAGAGCUGGCCAGGAAGGAGCUGUACCGGCAGAUGGCCAAGGAGCCAAGGAAGAGAUUCACGUACUCACAGAACUACCUCUCAGCCAUGGUGGAGCCUCAGGAUUCGGAGGAAGAGGAGAGAAAAGCCAAGAGGAAGUCCCGCCAGGCCUGGCUCACGCCCACUGGCUUCCAGGUGACGGGCCUUCACCGGGUUGAAAGCACCGAGCACCUCGGGCUGCCAGCCAUCGGCGCCCCGGCAGAGGAGUGGAGGGAAAAGGCGCUGUUUACUAACGUGCUGGCGCCGGUGCUGCCCCGGGAGAGGUGGAGCUGGGACCGGCGCCACCAGGACUUCGAGCUGUACAAGAAGCCACCGCAGUUCCUGGAGCCGCCCCCUCCUCCAGCCCCGAAGCCCAGAGCAGGCAGGAGAACGGAAGGCAGUGGCCCUGUGUCCUGAGCAGCAUGGACUUGCCCGUCGGAGCUGAGAGCGUCACCGGACCACAGCCCGGCCAGGUCGGAGGCCGUGGGCCCGUGUUCACCCCUCCCUCCCCCUCCCCCCGGCCUCAUUAAAGCGUAGCAGGAGGAAGCUGGCACUGAGGGGCUCACCUCG